GUUUCUGCUGUCCGCACGGCAAAGAAGAGUUGGCGGCUCGUUUGCUUCGGCUACCCACAGCAAGAGGUCAAGAAAGGCACCACCAGACGAGCCCACUACUCGCACCGAAAAGCACACACGGCCCUCGGCGCUGUCCUCCGCUGUCAAGUCCUCCUCGGCUCCUCCUUCCGCAACACACCAUUCCUUGCCCUCCCAACCACGGCUCCUCCUUCCGUGUCUUCGCAGCCUGUCUCCCGCCGGGACGAGCAGCGAGGUACGGCCGCCGGCGCGAGGGAGCGGGCUCCGAUGCACCCGAAGCUCUCGCGGGUCGCGCGCAGGAUCCUCUGCUGCGGCAGGAACGCCUCCGGGGACGAUUUGACCGACGAGCGGAACGGAUCAAUCAGGUGGGUGUUCUCGCUGAGGGAGCUUCGCUCGGCAACAAAUAGCUUCAAUUACGAUAACAAGAUUGGUGAAGGGCCACUUGGGAGCGUCUACUGGGGACAAGUUUGGGAAGGCUCUCAGAUUGCUGUUAAGAAGUUAAAGGAUGCAAGAAAUGGGACAGAAGUAGAAUUUGCUUCAGAAGUCGAGACUUUGGGAAGAGUAAGGCACAAAAACCUCCUGAGUUUGCGUGGAUAUUGUGCUGAUGGAGCUGAACGCGUUCUGGUGUAUGACUAUAUGCCAAACUCGAGUCUUUUUGCACAUCUCCAUGGAACGCAUUCUUCGGAGUGCCUUCUUGAUUGGCGACGAAGAACAUUUAUUGCCAUUGGUGCUGCCCGGGCACUCACGUAUCUUCACCACCACGUGACACCUCCUAUAAUCCAUGGAAGCAUCAAGACGACCAAUGUGCUACUAGAUUCAGAUUUCCAGGCACACGUUGGUGACUUUGGUCUUCUGAGGCUCAUUUCAAAUGAAAUGGAUCAUGACAAGAUAAUUGGUGACAACCAACGGGGUUAUCAUGCUCCUGAGUACAUUAUGUUUGGUAAGCCUACAACAGGUUGUGAUGUCUACAGCUUUGGCAUAAUACUUUUGGAGCUUACUAGCGGGAGAAAGCCAGUAGAAAAAUCAGGUGCUCAAAAAUUGUAUGGGAUCCGAAACUGGAUGCUCCCAUUGGCGAAAGAGGGUAGAUAUGAUGAAAUCGCAGACUCCAAGCUCAACGACAAGUACUCUGAGUCUGAAUUAAAAAGAGUGGUGCUCAUUGGUCUAGCUUGCACGCAAAGAGAACCCGAAAAGCGACCAACAAUGCUUGAAGUCGUGUCCUUGUUGAAAGGUGAAUCGAAAGAGAUGCUUUCGAGGCUUGAAAAUGAAGAGUUGUUUAGGCCAGACUCCACAGCUAGUUCCCUUGGAAUGUCGACUCCGGAAGGGAGCUCGGACUGCAUUCUUAAGAGUGAGCAAGGGCUGGCUGAGGCAUGAUGGACUGUACCCGAGGUAUUGCUAGAUUGCAUAUUUUUAUGGGAUUGGAUAUUGGUUUCGUGGUUUGGCUUGAAUGAAAUGUAUAGGAUUUGUUUGUUAUUUAUGAUGGUUUCACCCUUUUUUGAGAGAGGGGGGGAUGUAGAGAAGUGAGAUGGUUUUAUACAAACUACAAGGUGCUCUUUUUGUGUGCACUGGAUAGAAGACCCGUAUACCUCCAGAUGUUUGGGCAUGUCUGACCUUGUUAUAACUGAAAUACUGUAUACUGUAUUGACUCUUCCAAACAUGUUUUGUAAGGAAUUCUACUUACCUUAUUUCUUCUGAUCA